AUGGACCAAGUUCAGCAGUUCGUCCUCAAUCCGCUCAAGCCAUACCUGGCACCCAUAACCACGAACCUUCCCGCGCCAAUCAACGAUGUAGUCGUCGGCCUCCUAGGCGAGCGCUGCCACAGCGCAAUCCUCCUCGACCUCGAUGUUACCUCCCAUCCAGAAUGCGUAUCCCUCGCGGUGUCCAAGGCACUGGGAAUCGCCAUUAUCAGUGCGGCGUCUAUCGUCAAAGUGCCGCAGAUCAUCAAAUUGGUCAAGUCGCGGUCGGCCGAGGGGCUCUCCUUCACAAGCUAUCUACUGGAGACAGCUAGUUUUGUGAUCACACUGGCCUACAAUGUUCGCAACGGAUUCCCUUUCAGCACGUAUGGCGAGACCAGUUUGAUUGCUAUUCAAGAUGUGGUCAUCAGCGUCUUAAUCCUCGUAUACUCCAACAAGACGGCCCAGGCAGGCGCGUUUCUCGCAGCAGUGGGCAGUGCCGUCUAUGCACUAAUGGUCUCGGACACACUGGUCAACAACACCCAGAUGACCAGUUUGCAAGCGGGCGCCGGAGGUCUCAGCAUUGCUAGCAAGAUCCCGCAGAUCCUCGCCAUUUAUCGUCAAGGCGGAACUGGUCAAUUGUCUGCCUUCGCCGUCUUCAAUUACCUGCUUGGCAGUUUGAGCAGGAUCUACACCACCAUACAAGAGGUGGAUGAUCAGCUUAUUCUGUAUGGCUUCAUCGCCGGCUUUGCUCUCAACGCCGUGUUGGCUGCACAGGUGCUCUACUAUUGGAACAGCCCGACGACGGCAGGACAUGGAAAGGAGUUGGACAACAAGAAGGGUCUGCAGGGUGUUGGUCAAAAGGGAAAUGCUGCUCUUGCGACGGAAGAGCGCAAGAAGUUGAAUGCCGGCUCUGCUACCACGACAGCACGAUCGAGUAGCAGCGGUGGACGCAGGAAGGUCUGA